UUUGCUGCCUGGAAACAUCCGCGCGUUCACUCUUCCUCAACCCCCUGACGCAGUUCUACCGUCGCGUGCUCUCUCUCUGUCUCGCCCGCCUACCCAGCGCUCUCCCAGCUCCCUCCCACCUCCCUCCCAGUCAUGAUGCCCUGCCUUGGCCACCUGGUCGUCGCCCUGGCUCUGGUGCUGACCCUGAGUCACGCCCUGCCCGCCAAGGAGGUCCCUGAAGCGCAGAAGGAGGUCUCAACGGCUCAUGAAGGAGGGCGGUUGCAGAAGAGAGCCGCGAGUCCUUCCUCUGACACCAACCAGGAGGAGCUCGCCGUCCUGAAAGACCUCAUCCUGUCCCGUCUGGCGGCUGAGCUUGAUGACACCUAUCAGGACCUGCCAUCCUUUAAGCGUGACCUACUGAAGGGGGAGAUCGAUGGGGAGGAGGAGGACGAAGGAAACGAAGAAGGAAGGAGGGAGGACGGGAAGAAGAAGAGGAUGUUUGCCCCUCUCUCUGGUCUACCGGGGAACCUGCGUACCAUCAAGAGACAGAUUCGGUACCAUCAGUGCUAUUUCAACCCCAUCUCUUGCUUCAGGCGGAAGUGAGCACACAGCCAUCACAUGUAGAGAUGACGCCGCCAGCCAGCUGUCUCCGUCACCCCAACCUGACGUCACCCCACAGCCUGGCCAGCGCGUCCACCCCCACCGCUUGACGUCAUCAUCAUCAGCAGCAGCAGUACUUCAGCAUAACCUUCAAUAUAACAAGCAAAGAUGAACUAGUGACGUCGCCAAUACCUGAAUGUUCUUUGUGCGUGUGUGUGUGUGUGUGUGUGUGGGACAGGACCUACUUCUUUUCUCUUUGUGCCAAUCGAUAUAUGUUUGACCAGGUCUUGCUUUUUCUUCUUCUUUUUUUCACUAGAAUUGUGAUAUUCUUUUCCCUUUCCUUUCUUUCAGUGCUAAUAUGAUUGAAGUUCACUAGAAUUUUUUUUUUUUCAUGGCCGUUCUUGCUUUUUAGAUGUAUUGUACUCUCUCUCUCUCUCUCUCUCUCUCUCUCUCUCUCUCUCUCUCUCUCUCUCUCUCUGAUAUGGAUUUAAUCUCCUUACUAACUCACUUCACUCCACUUAGAAUGCAAACUUGUGAACACCCUCAAUAAAAUUCAUGUAAGUAAGACAGAACACCAUUUUGAAACUACCUUAACCUACAAAUCAUAUAUAUUUCUCGUUCUUUACAUCCACUCGUUUAUGUAUCAAUUUAUUUUAGUGGAUUUAUUUUUGUUUCACCUUAUCUUGCUAUUCUUUUUAUCAGUUUACCAUCAAAAAGAACGCUAAGGCUACGUUUUCUUUGGUCCCAAAUUUCAACACUGGCUGGUGAUUGGCGGCUCUCGUGCUCCUCUUUUCUCACUAUUAUAGGCUACUACUCAAUAUUGUGAUACGUUGAGCUUGUUUUCUUCAUAUUCCCGGGAGGUCCUAGUCAAGGGGGAAGGAAAUGUGUGUGUGUGUGUGUGUGUGUGUGUGUGUGUGUGUGAUGAUACUAACGAUAAUAACAAUAAUAAUAGUAAUAAUGAUUUCCAGCACACUACACAGUAAGAAUUAUCCAGCCCUUGAGAAAUAGGUGCAGUGUAUGACAACAUUCUCGCCGCACCAGGAGGAAGAGCAACAAUAAUGGCUAAUACAAAUAAA